UCUGUCCAUCCAGGCUCCUGACGUUCAAGUUCGCAGGGACGUCACGUCCGCACUUGAACUUGCAGCUCAGGGGGGCUUUUGCCAUUUUUUUCAUCUCUCUCUCUCCUUCUCUCCCUCUCUCUCCCUCUCUCUCUCUCUCCUCUUUUUUUUUUUUCCUUUUUUUCCUUGCACAAAAAAAAAAAAAAAAAAAAAAAAGCCAUGACUGCUAUCCCACAAUUCAUCUUCCCUGCGCCAUCUUUGUAUUAUUUCUAAUUUAUUUUGGAUGUCAAAAGACAUUGAUGAAGAUAUUUUCUCUGGAGUCUCCUUCCUCUCUAACCCGUCUCUCCCGAUGUGAACCGAGCGACUCACAAGCCACCGAAGCCACCAACCCACCAUGUCGCGCCGCAAGCAAGGCAAACCCCAGCACUUAAGCAAACGGGAAUUUUCACCCGAACCUCUUGAAGCCAUUCUUACUGAUGACGAACCUGAACAUGGCACAUUGGGAGCUCCGGAAGGGGACCACGACCUCCUCACUUGUGGCCAGUGUCAGAUGAACUUUCCGUUGGGGGACAUUCUUGUUUUUAUUGAGCACAAACGGAAACAAUGCAAUGGCAGUCUCUGCUUAGAGAAGGCUGUGGAUAAGCCACCUUCACCCUCACCAAGUGAGCUGAAAAAAGCAUCCAAUCCCGUGGAGGUUGGCAUCCAGGUUACGCCAGAGGAUGACGAUUGUUUAUCAACGUCAUCUAGAGGAAUUUGCCCUAAACAGGAACAUAUAGCAGGUAAAGACGAGCCCAGCAGCUACACGUGUACGACUUGUAAACAGCCUUUCAACAGCGCCUGGUUCCUCUUGCAGCACGCACAGAACACGCACGGCUUACGGAUCUACCUAGAAAGCGAGCACGGCAGCCCCCUGACGCCACGGGUUGGUAUCCCAACAGGACUAGGUGCAGAGUGCCCUUCCCAGCCACCUCUCCACGGGAUUCACAUUGCAGACAAUAACCCUUUUAACCUGCUCAGAAUACCCGGCUCGGUCUCGAGGGAGGCGUCGGGGCUGGGAGAAGGGCGCUUCCCACCCACACCGCCCCUCUUUAGCCCUCCCCCGAGGCACCAUUUGGAUCCGCAUCGCAUUGAGCGCCUGGGUGCGGAAGAAAUGGCUCUGGCCACCCAUCACCCUAGUGCCUUUGACAGGGUGCUGCGACUGAACCCCAUGGCGAUGGAGCCCCCCGCUAUGGAUUUCUCCCGGAGGCUGCGGGAGCUGGCCGGCAACACCUCCAGCCCACCCUUGUCCCCGAGCCGGCCCAGCCCUAUGCAAAGGUUGCUGCAGCCCUUCCAGCCCGGCAGCAAGCCCCCGUUCCUGGCCACGCCGCCCCUUCCUCCUCUGCAGUCUGCUCCUCCUCCUUCCCAGCCGCCCAUGAAGUCCAAGUCCUGCGAGUUCUGCGGGAAGACCUUCAAGUUUCAGAGCAACCUGGUGGUCCACCGCCGGAGCCACACCGGGGAGAAGCCCUACAAGUGCAACCUCUGCGACCAUGCCUGCACGCAGGCCAGCAAGCUGAAGCGCCACAUGAAGACCCACAUGCACAAGUCAUCCCCUAUGACGGUGAAGUCGGACGAUGGGCUCUCCACCGCCAGCUCCCCUGAGCCGGGCACCAGCGACCUGGUGGGCAGCGCCAGCAGCGCCCUCAAGUCUGUGGUAGCCAAGUUCAAGAGCGAGAACGACCCCAACAUGAUCCCUGAGAAUGGGGAUGAGGAAGAGGAGGAAGAGGAGGAGGAGGAGGAAGAGGAAGAGGAGGAAGAGGAGGAGGACUUGAACGAGAGCGACCGGCCGGACUACGGCUUUGGGAUGAGCUUGGAGGCAGCCCGCCACCAUGAGAACAACUCUCGGGCCGGCGAGGAGGGUCGGUCGAUGCCGGACGUCAUGCAGGGCAUGGUCUUGAGCUCCAUGCAGCACUUCAGCGAGGCCUUCCACCAGGUCCUGGGGGAGAAACACAAGCGGGGCCACCUCCCCGAGCCCGAGGUGCACAGGGACACUUGCGACGAAGACUCGGUGGCCGGCGAGUCCGACCGCAUCGACGAAGGGGCAGUGAACGGCCGGGGCUGCUCCCCGGGGGAAUCCGCCUCGGGAGGCUUGUCCAAAAAGCUGCUGCUGGGUAGCCCCAGCUCCUUGAGCCCCUUCUCCAAACGCAUCAAGCUGGAGAAGGAGUUCGACCUGCCGGCCGCUGCCAUGCCCAACACCGAGAACGUUUAUUCCCAAUGGCUGGCAGGCUACGCUGCAUCCCGGCAGCUGAAAGACCCCUUCCUCAGCUUCGGCGACUCCCGACAAUCGCCCUUCGCCUCCUCCUCCGAGCAUUCCUCGGAGAACGGCAGCCUGCGCUUCUCCACGCCGCCGGGCGAGCUGGACGGAGGGAUCUCAGGCCGCAGCGGCACGGGAAGCGGAGGGAGCACCCCCCAUAUUAGUGGCCCGGGCCCUGGGAGGCCCAGCUCAAAAGAGGGCAGACGCAGCGACACUUGUGAGUACUGUGGGAAGGUCUUCAAGAACUGUAGUAAUCUCACCGUCCACAGACGGAGCCACACGGGCGAGAGGCCGUAUAAGUGUGAGCUUUGCAACUACGCCUGCGCCCAGAGUAGCAAGCUCACCCGGCACAUGAAAACACACGGGCAGGUUCGGCGUACCCCCCCGGCUGGCGCAGCACCCAGGGAGCCCCAGAUGUCUGGCAGUUUUCGGAUGGAACUCCAAGAGCACUUAAGUUCUGAAAGGAGGUGAAGCUGGGGCGAGCGGCCGGCGGCAUCUCAGCAUCCGGAGGUGGCCUCUGUCCUGCUGGCUCACCGCAUCCCUACGGGAGAGCCUUGGAAGUCCCCGUCCGAAGGCAGCGCUCCCCGGGCUCCUCCUGCCUGCAAGACUAUCGUAUUUAUAUUUUGUAAUAGAGUAUGACACUUCUUUGGGGUUGGUUUGGGGGUUUUUGGGUUAUUUCUUUGUUUCUUUCGUUAUUUUCUAAAAUCAAAACAAAAAAGCAAACCCACCCACCAAGGUCAAGGGCUUACUGAUGGCUUCAACCGGCUCCUUUCCCCAUGGAAAAGACUGUCUUGCUCUCGUUGGACAACCUGGCCUCUUGGUUAUCUCCGUGCUGUGCUGUGUCUUGGAAGGCACGUCUGAUGUGAUGCAUUAAAAAUAAAGCAACCCCCAGUGCAGGUCUGUGGGUGGGUGGGAAAUUGCCAUAAUAAAUGUUGGAGCUUUAGGUUUUGUUUGCUCUGUCUUUAAUUUUUAAUGCUAACAAGGGCCAGGCGGCUGGUAUGACUUUGUAUUGCGUUAUCGGCUGCGAAAACCAAGUGCUGAGUUUACAGAGAGAAAGCUGGGGCUGGUGUCUGGGGCUCCGGUGGGCAGACGUGUUCCACAGAGCUACAUCAGGCGUUGGGCUGUGUCACCCCAAGUUGUGGUGUUUGGUGAUGCUGAAGUUGGGGGUCUCCCAGCUCUCCUCCAUCUCCCACCUCCUCUUGAUGAAUGCUGGCUGUCGUGUUCCAUUCCUGCUGUUAAACUGUGUACUUUUGGGGCUGGUGGGAUCUAUAACAUCCCUUAGUGUCUGUGCAAGGAGUAGUGAGGCCAAACUGGUGGGAAGAUGCUGUCAGUGCCAAGGGAUGCAGAGCUGGGGUACCAGGGGCAGCUGCCAUCAGGUUGUCAUCCCCAUGUCUCCCACUGAGUGUUCCAGCCCUUGCACAGCUUUCCCGCUUGCCAAUGGCACUCAUCCCUUGCUCGGAGCUGAGCAUCCACCCAAGGAGUUUGCUGGUCCGGGGCCCAAGCGCUUUGCUGCACAGAAGAUGGGUUAAGUGUGUGCUUUGUGUGCUGUCUCCGGUGGGAUUUAUAGGCUGUAGCUACUCGUGCCUGUGCCGGCGAGUGGGAAUGGACCUUAUUUGGUGAAAGAAACCAGCUGGGUAGCAAGCGGAGUCACUGGUUGGGAUGUGGGAUGGAGCUGAGGCAUGGGACAGGAGGGGCUGGCUGAUUUAUGUGCUUUGUGUGUUAGCUUCAAUCUCACUUCUGGUUUCAUUCAUCUCCUUUCUUGAAAUCCAAGCAAGAUGCCCAGUCAGGAUGACUGUCUCCUGGUGAAACAGCCAUAGGGAAUAUGAUGUUGCCUUUGCAAUGGGUGGUGGUUGCUCUUUUGUUUUUCAAAACCCCAGGCUGUGGUUCUCAUGUUGCCUGGGCAAUAGCACAAGCACAGACACUUUGGUACCUUACACUUGGCCAGGGGCCAUGAUGAGCAGCAGAACAACCUCUACAUACAGCUGUAGGGUCAAGUCCUGCCUAUGCACCAUCUCCCUGGGCUCCUGGCUUGACCCAAAGGGAGCUAUUGCUGCUUCUCUUAGGGCAAUUUGGUCUUUGAGGUCCAAAAUCUUUACACACCCUAAACUUUUUUUACCAUUCAGAGAUGUUUCUAUAAAGGUUCUUCCUAUUCCAGCCUAUGCUAUCACCUUUGUGUGUGCUUACAAGGGGUGUUUUGAGCCUUGGAAGGGUGAAUCCUAUUGCAUUAAGGAUCCUAUUGAUCGCAAACACACCAUCAGUAAGGAGUUAGCAGCUCCCAUUAGCUGCUGGCAUCCCAGCUCCUGCCCGGGGGUAUCUGCAUCAGGCAGCUGCAUCAGAUCAGGGCUAACGGAGUUAUUAAUUGCAAAGGGGGCUGCUCUGCUUUCUCUACAUUGCAAGCCAGGGAUCACCUGGUACCUAUCUACAGCAGGCCUGUAGUGCUUGUAAUGAAGGGCAGCUGGGAAGCUGCUUUACAAGGGUUUUUUAGCGUGCUGGUCAGGUUUAGGGGGUUUGGCCUUAUUUUGUCUGAGCAUGGGCAAAGCUCAGUUCAUGCAUGGCUUCUGGGGUAGUUGGUUGUGCUCUUGAUGCUCUGCCUGGUGGAAUGAGUGUGUUGUGCUCUGCUUUCUCUGGCUGUGGCCCAUCUCUCCUCCAGCAACCAGUGCAAGGAAGGUGUUUCUCUCUGGAAAAGCAGAAGAUAAGGAUGCAGUAACAGCUAAGUGCAAGAACAGAGAGGGGAGGAAAGUUUCACUUGUCCUUUCCUGAGGUGUUAAAGGUAAAGUGAGAUAGUCCUUAAAAUGUAUGAUUUUCAUUUAAUAAAGGUGUUAACUCCCCAAAUCUUAAGACUUUAAAAUAGCUGCAGGAUUUGUGUUGCCUUAAAGUUGCGAAUACACGUAAUGAGUGCUGUGACCCCUUUGUAAGUGCUGGGGGCUCCUAUUCCCUCUUACCCACAAGCUCCAGGGUCUGCAAAGCAACAGGGCAGCCCCAGAAUAAGGUUUGGAUGGAGCUAUGAGGGUUUCCACUGCUUUCUGCAACCUGGGAUGCUGUGUGCUUUCACUGGGGGUGUCAUCAGGAUUCUUUGGUCUGGCUGCUGCAGUUUUGGUGCAAGAGGGGCAGUAUUCCUAGGGAUUUUGUGUUUUAGCGUAUUCCCAAUGGAUCAGCCUGCAAGUUGGAGUAAAAAAGUGAACUAUGUUUGGUCUUUAAAAAGAAAGCAAACCUCCUAAAGUUUGGAGUUUUUAAUAAACAAAAGAAAAACUCUUUCUUUCCCAGAUCAGGGGCUGAGAUGAACAAGAUACCUGGGAAUUAGCUGGCUUAGCUUUGGUUUUUCUUUUGGGUUGACAAAGCUGCUUUCAAACUUGAAGGCGAUUUGACUGUGCUGUAUUUUCUUUCUAAGCACACUUUCAUGACCCUAAAAUGCAGCAAAGGCCAAGUCUUUUGUGAAGUUUAACUUAAAGUUUUGCUUUUAAAAUAAGAUGUAUUUCAGAUUCAUGAUGUAUUUGGGCCUUGGGCUUUUGCGAGUUGAGAAAUGCCUUUUGAGAAGGGAUCUGAGAACAGAUCUAAAAACUUACGAAUGAGAUUUUAAGCAACAUUCCCAACCCUCUGUGCUUCAUUUCAACCCAAGCUUUGUCUUGGGUCCCAGUGGUACCCCCUACUUUGUGUUGGGUACCAGUAGCAGCAUCGGGCUCAGGGGCAUCAUGGUGUUGGUGGGCAGCAAUGUGACUGAAUGCUAGGGGAAGGCAGAGGGAAUCACCAUCCUUCUUGGGCUUAUCUGAGGUUUUUUUACCAACUCUACUGUUUGCCCUGCACUUUUGGUUUGCAUCUAUUUCUUCUAUUGCUGAGUGUGUUUGAGCUGCCCGGGUGCUGGUGAAACCCAGGGGUCAGAUUUACCUGCAGGUAUUUGGUGGUGAGGUGGAGGAUCUGCUAAACAUAGCUGCCUUCUCAGGGCUCUCUGCUCUGCUGUGAUAUUUCACGUGAUCCAAAUAUAAAUUACUGUUGAGGAGCAAUCUGAACAACCCCCCUGAAUGAGAGUGGUGCCUCUUUGCUGCUUUUUUUAGUCUCUGCUCCCCCCCACAAUUUAACCAUUUCAUGUGUUAUUAGGCAUCAUCAGUUGUAUGCUUCAAGUCUAUAAAACCUUGUUGCCCCUCCAUCCCAGUACCCCCUGAAACUCCUCUCCCCCUAGAAGUCACCCUCUUAACAUUCAUCUUCCACAGAGGUCCUAAUAAUUAUUCCCAAGGAAAGAUGGAGCUUGGGAAGGGAGGAACACACCAAAAAAGGCUCCCAAACCCAAAAUAUGGCCCUUAUUCCUUAAUCUCACUGGAUAGAGUUACACAUCUGGUAGAGGCUUGUUCAUUGUUGCUAUUACUUUUAUUGCGUCUUUAGCAGUGAUGAAGUUCAGAUGGCAGAACCAGUGGGCCCCAAUUUAAUUUCGUCUGGCCUCCCAUAAUGAGCACGAUGUGAUCCCUGGGGAAUGCCGGCUCGGCUGCGGUUCCAGUGGGCAGGCGCCCAUGUGCCGUGGUGAUGGGCAAGAAGUGGUGCAGACAAGACAGAUGGACAAGGAGGGGAAAGGAGAAAUCAAAGCUGGGAUGGCAGCGGGCAGAUGGAGGUCUCUGCUAUGUGAGCAUCAAGUACUGCGGUGAGAUGGAUGGGUGGACACAUGGCUUUUCAUGUCAAAGCCCAAUAGCAAGAUCACAAGGUGGGUUUCCACCUUAUUUGGUGGCUGGGGUGUGCGUGCUGUGAUGCUUUCUGAGGUUGCUCUAGCUCUGAUGGCUCUUCUCUGGCAAUUUCCAUGGCCCUCUGGGUUUCCAGUGGUGAUGUAUAGAAGCUCCCACCUCCUCCCCAAAUGUCUGCAAAUGCAUGUGUCUAAGGGCUAUACAGGAUUCAUUUACGGGCCUCCCGUUGGUGGGAUAUGUGCAUGCAAAAUGAAGGUUGUAUUUGGCUUCUCAUAUUCAGAUCUAUAUUCCAUAUUGUGUUGACCAAGCAAAACAACUCAGCCCCCGUGCUGAAGAAUGUGAUGGACUGAUGACUUUCAGAAACAUACUGUAAAUCAAGGAGGCUAAUAAAUACUUGCUAUUAAUAAAACAGGGCUACUGCCUUUCAAGUUA